AUGAUGCCCAGCAGCGUCCGGCCAUCUCCAGUGGAAACCACGAGACUCUUCGCAAAAUGGCUGACAGAACAAAGGAAUUAUGGUGGAGGCUUCAAAUCAACACAGGACACUGUGGUAGCUCUGCAAGCUCUGUCUAAUUAUUGGAUCAGCACCUUCGACCAGGAAGACAAUGAACUGAAAGUGACCCUCACCACUGCCGGGAGAAGCUUGCCAAAACAAAUCUCCCUUGGGAGGUCGGAUGACCCAAUCCAGGAAGAGUUGCAGUUUUCCUUGGGAAGUAACAUCCAUGUAAAGGUGGAAGGGAAGGGAAAAGGAACUUUGACUAUCCUGAAACAGUUUCAUGUCAUGGCCGUGCAAAACACCUCCUGCCAAACCCUUGGCUUAAAGGUAGAUGUGAGUGGCUCAGUUCGCCGAGAUGAAAAAGAUACUUGUUAUGCUUGUAUGCAAGUCAAGCUCAUGAAAAUAUCUUCAACUAGAGCAUAUUUUGAGUGUGUGCUGUUCACAGCCAGUCUGGCUAAGUACGCUGACCCGGUAACUGACCUGCUAGACAAGUGUGGAGUCUUUCGAACCCGCCUCUUCCGGGAGUCAUGCGUAUUCCACCAGGGCUGCUACGUCAAGGAUCUCAGCCGGCUGGGCCGUGAUUUGCGCAAAACCUUAAUCCUGGACAAUUCUCCUGCCUCCUAUAUCUUCCAUCCGGAGAAUGCUGUGCCGGUGCAGUCUUGGUUCGACGACAUGGCGGACACAGAGCUGCUGACCCUGAUUCCAAUUUUUGAGGAGCUGAGUGAAGCAGAGGAUGUGUAUACCAGCCUCGGCCAGCUGAGGGCGCCAUAAGGCCUUCCCAGCCCUAUGCUCACAGGGGAACAUUUUUCACUCAGUGCCUUCAGCAGUGGCCUGGAGGGUUGGGGGAAACUGUGUGGGCGUUUCCCCCGCCACGACCCAACCCAAAGGCAGAUGCAAGGACUUUGGAGGCAGUAGCCUGUAUGGCCACCCCGUGGGGGGCAGGGCCAGGGUGGUUUGCAGCAGGGUAUUGCUUAGACCAGCGAGCCUCCGGCCUCUUCCAUCCAAAGAAGGGGACAUACAGAACCGAUUCCUCAAUAGCUCUCGUAUCUAUGCACUGUGAGAAGACGGGGAGCACAAUCGAGAGGAUGCGCCGUUUCCCCUGGGCUCCGCUUCUCCCUCUUCCAUUUCAUGCAGGAUAUUGAGUUCGGAUGUGGCUCAGCCCCCCCCCCCCCCCCCCCCCCGAGGCAAAACCAAAUAAUUUGGCUGAAGAUUUAAAAAGCUCUGUGCCUUCCAUUUUCCCCGAGAGCACAGCCUAACCCAGACUUCGAGCCACACGAGGCCUAGAUGUUGCUGCCUUUUCUUCGCCUCACGGUCAAGGCAAGGGGCCUCUCCAUAACACUCCAGUUUUUCGGUCCCAGCCGGGUAUGUGGCGCCCUCUUCUUCCAACAAGCUGGAUCUUGAAAGAGUUGGAGGGGAGGGGCUUUCCUUCUCUCUGAUACCUGCCUGCAGGUAGGAAAGAAAACCGAGGAACAAAAAUUCCUCAAGCUCCAGCCGUUUUUAUAAAGUCUCCUCUUUCAACAUACCCUCUUUGUCCAGCUCGCUCUACCUGGGCUCUUAGUUAUGUCUUUGACAUUGGGGAAACCCGGUAUGUUUCAAUACACGACCAUAUGCUUCGGCUGCGCCUCCGGGUGAAAAGCAACAUCCUCGUCUGUCCCUCUGAAACCUUCCUACAUCGAAAGAGUGGCGCAGCCUCAAGUCACGGAUUUAAUCCAGGCCGGUGACUUAACAGCUAGUACCCAGCGCCCGUUACGCUCCUUAGUUUUCAGACUUGCAUUACAGAUAUUCCCAGAUUCCUGCCCUAGCAUAGCUUCCGGGGUGGGGGUGGGGGGUGGGGACAAGCAAUAUCUCUGCCUUAAACUGCACCUGACUUGCACGCCACUGCACUAAUAGGACCGUAGCAGCGCUGUGGGUUCUUCCAAUCUUGUGUGGUGUGGAUGUUAGCCCCCAGUGCAAGAUGUGACUUUUGUCCACAGCUGACUUGACCGCUGCUAACUUACCUCCUCCGAUGGGGCCUGGGCACGCCCGACACAGGGACCUGCUCCCCUCUCAGGACUCUCCCCAGGCUCCAUUGCUGUCACUUGAAAUCCCAGCCCUUUGGGUGGUCUCAGGGAAAAUAACGAACUAGCAUCUUAGAAGCCGGGCGGGAGGGAGGUCAUUUCCUGUGUGCAUGCAGUCUGCUCUGCGCCAAUUGCCUCUGGGGCAGCAAGGGAUGGCACUGCAUUGCACUCAGCAUUUCUGCACCCUGAAGCUGCUGAAAGCAAGUGGCCCUGCCUCAUAAUUCGGGGGGGGAUGGAGUCAGGCAUUUUGGAGGACCAUGCGCCAGAGGCCUGGCUGGGCCAGCCUGCAAACAUCUUUCGCAAUGAUUUUCCUCCACACUUUCUUGAGAAACCAAAUGCAGACUUAAGGGGCUGUGUUGUCGUCGUUAACGUUUUUAUGCCAGGGGGGCUUUCCUUAAACACUUUUUCUCCCCUCCCUCCCCGCCUCCCCCCUUGUGCUAGAGUAUGGUACAGCCUGCCUUUCCUGGUCUUUGCUUACCGUGUUUUAAGCAGGUGUUUUCAAAGUGCCAUCGGGGAAGCCCAUGAAAUAGGACACUAAACCAGCUUGCUUUUCUUUUCCCCGUUCCCUCCCAUCAGCAAUACGUUGCAAGUGACUUCAUGUUGAGCAGUUGGGACUGGGGAGGGGGAGAGACCCCCCCCCCGCUUCAGUGCUGCUUCCCCCUCAGUGACGCUGAGCCUCACUGACUCGGCCCCAGGGUGGGGAGGGAAGUUGUAGGUCAGCUCAUCACCUGGAUAUGGGAUGCUCAGCAGGACCAAACAUUCAAGACUGGCUAGUGGUCGGGUGAGCAGCGUUGCUCUUAGCCUGGCCAAAGUGCUGCUCAAAGUUUCAUCAUCGUUUUAAGUGUGCUGAUUGGCUACUAGUUGACCUUUGACUCUCAGAUGUGCCGGUGCACAUUUUCUCUAUCUGUGGGGCUAGGUCUCUCCGCUGAUGUUUACGGGGAGUCUGCUGCCGUCACCUCCUUCUGUCAUCCCCCCGCACAUCUGAACCCUCUUUUUGCCUCAGCUGCUAGUAGGGGGACCUGGAAGAGGAGGGUGUUUCCAACUUUGCACAGGAUUGUCAGGUGUGGGGAGAGCUCCUCCUUCGAGUUAAAUAAGCUGCUUUUUCUCUUCACGGCAGAAAACGGACCCUUGAACCUGCUGCAAAGUUAAUGAGUGCCGGGAAGAACAAAAGCCCGUUGUGUCUCCUUCCUGGUUGAGUCUGUGGUCACAACUGUAGCUUUGCCCUCUGUCAGCUGAAGAGAAAUUGCCCCUUUUCUUGCCCCUCCCACCUGCGGGCAGCUUUCUGUUCCUCUUGACUCGUGUGAAACUGGCUGACAGGUCCUUCACGUUGCUAAAUGUCAAGGCUCCAUGUGAGGGGAACAAAUGACCCACUCCAGCUGCAUUGUCCACUCCUCCCAGAUAA